AGGGCCGAGCCGCGCGGCGGGGAUCUGCAGGCCCCGCAGUACCGAUCACGGCGCGGCCUCCGGGCUCUUUCCAGCGUUGUGCACACCCGGUGCGCCGGGGCUCCGGGCACUGCACCUCUCGGCCUCGGCGGUCAGAAUAAUGAGCCGCAUCUAUCACGACAGCGCCCUCCGGAACAAGGCGGUGCAGAGCGUGCGACUGCCCGGGGCCUGGGACCCCGCCACCUACCAGGGGGGAAAUGGCAUCCUGCUGGAGGGAGAACUGGUGGAUGUAUCUCGGCACAGCAUCUUAGACGCCCAUGGCAGGAAGGAACGCUACUACGUGCUGUAUAUUCGGCCCAGUCUUAUCCACUGUCGUAAAUUUGACCCCAAGGGAAAUGAAAUUGAGCCCAACUUCAGUGCGACCAGGAAGGUGAACACGGGCUUUCUCCUGUCAUCCUACAAAGUGGAAGCCAAGGGAGACACCGACAGGCUCACACCCGAGGAGCUAAAGGGGCUGGUAAAUAAGCCCGAGCUGCUGGCACUGACAGAGAGCCUCACCCCUGACCAGACAGUGGCGUUCUGGAUGCCUGAGUCAGAGAUGGAGGCGAUGGAACUUGAGCUGGGGGCCGGAGUACGGCUGAAAACUCAGGGCGAUGGCCCCUUCAUAGAUUCAUUAGCUAAACUGGAGGCUGGAACAGUGACCAAAUGUAAUUUUGCUGGUGAUCGAAAGACAGGGGCAUCCUGGACAGACAACAUCAUGGCCCAAAAAUCUUCAGAGGGGCCUGCAGUGGAGAUCCGAGAGCAAGGAGAUGGGGCAGAAGACGAGGAAUGGGAUGACUGAGAUUUAUGGAGCAGAUGCCUCUGGGGCCCACCUGCAUCUUCUGUGGCACCACGGAGAAUUUACAUCAACCUUCAUCCUGAAGCUGGAGACAGCAAUCCACCAAGCUUUACCAGUUCUUCUUGUAACUGCUCUGAAUACCCUUUAAAACAUGUCCAAGACCACGAGAUGGGUGGAGGGACCCUGGACUGUGGCUCAUGGGGAAGUACCUCCUUGGAUGCAGGUCCAGCCUUCCUAGACAUUUUCAUGACACCUCCUGCCUUAGUGACAGCCUUGUUUUGGAGGCAGGUGGUAGGAGAGUGCCCCAGGGUAGUUUGGGAGGAACUGGACUUGGUCUUGGUGCAGCAUUGGGGAUUAUUCUCUCAUCUAAAGACAGAGGGGCUCUGAGGAGAAAUUAGUGGGUUCUUUCCUUUGGUCUCACUGUUCCCUGCUUCCUUCCACCCCACCCCUUCCCCAGCAUUCCACUAUAGCUUCUGCUCCCCUGCUUCAAGCCUCCUUGUCCCCCAUUCCCACCCAUCCCACACCCAAGGUGUCUUUCAUUGCUCCUCUGAUUCCAUGUUCCCUUGGGGGUUCCUGUCUUCUGACCUCCCUGGCUGCUGUCAUAGGGGUAGCUAUUCUUAAGGAGGUCAACAGCCUUCACAGGUAUGGCUGACUGGUCUUCAGCUCUCAGACUUGCUCUGCCAGGCCACAUAUUUUUUUGUUUUUGUGGUGCUGGGGAUCAAAGCCAGGGCCUCGAGCAUUUGAGGCAAGAACUCUCUGCCAAUGAGCUGCAUCCCCAGCUCUACACUACUUUUUUGAUACCCACACCCCUUUUUUUUUUACUUUGAGAAUUUUUCACAAAUGAUUAAAUUUUCAGGAAAGAACUGGGUUCCUGCUGGUGUUAAUGGUCUUGAAGCUGAGCAAUGUUCCUAGGAGGAAGCCAUUGGUCUUUGGUCCUGAACAUUAUCCUGGAAGUGUUCUAUGACAGCCUUGUGACACCCAGAUGUGAUGAGAUCUGGAAAGAAUUCUACAUGUCCUCAGUUGAAAUCUGCAUGUCCAUGGCAUAUGAAUCCUCUUGAUUGGGGGAAAAGAGGAUGGUGGGAAACUAGCAUUUAUUGAAUCUUCCUAAUGUGUCAAACAUAGUGUUGGGUGCUUCCCAUCAUCAUUACAGCCACUCACUAUUGUGUUCUUCCUGGUGUUAGUACUUGUGCUAAAUACUUCCAAUAUCUUACCUAAUUGUCACAAUCCCAUGAGGUACACACGAUUAUUGUCCCAAAUAUUUCAUUUGAAACUGAAGGUCUGAGGCUCCAUGAAUAGUAUAUAGUGAGAGAGAAAUUUAAACCCAGGCAGUCAGGUUUUCAAAGACCACAUUAACUAUUCAUUUCCACAUGCACAUUAUAUGAGGAGAAAAGGGGACUCAGAGAGGUUAAGCAACUUGCAAGUUAAAAAAAUGGCAGAGUGGGAUUCAAAUCCAGAGCUGUCAAAGGUGAAGCUUACAUGCCUUCCACUAUGCUCUGCUUCCUGGGCCUAUAAAGAGUUUUGGAUAUAGAGGAGGUGGUAGCUAACUCACUGGUGACUGAUAUCUGAAUGGGGCUGGCUUACAGGCAACUGAAGUUGGGCCCUAAUCCUUGGGGAUGCUCAGGAAGGUGAUUAAGCAGGAGGUGAACUGGGGACAUUGACUGAGGGUAGAGGUGCCCACUGGGGGCACCCUGCUAUCCAAAGCACUGUGGUUGAUGGUAAUCUUAUAAGCAGGUCACCAUUGCCAACAAGGAGGCCCGUUGUGUCAGUGGGAGAAGUCCUGAGGCAACAGGAAGGGCUCAGGGUCUUGGAGGACCUGAGGAAGGGAAAGGCCAUUUUUGCCAGAGCUCAGAUGGUAGGAGUUGGGUGUGGGGAGGUGUGAUAGAACUGAGGCUAAUGAGAUGGAGAUCAGGCACGGCAUCAUCUUCAGGCGUGUUAAGGCUUUAGGGAAUUAUCCCUACAUCUUGGAAGCUAGUGAUCCCAUGGAGAGGGUAAGAUCUGAUUUCUCUGUUUCAAGGCUCACUUGACUUCAGAGAAACUGGAGGCAAUGAGUUCAUAUGAGACCCUCACAAUUGUCUAGGUGAGAGGUUAGUGAUUUGGGGGUCUAUAGCACUAACAGGGUGGGCAGAAGAAAAUAGUUCCUGGGGCAUACAGGGGCGGAAUCACUAGGACCUUGGAAGAGAGGAUGGGCCCACGAAUUAUAUCCAGAUUCAGGGCAAACGGUACUGUGGUACAUAAGGUUCUGCAGAAGCCCAGCCUGUGGCUAGGAAGUGUAGAGGGGGAAGGAGAACCACAGGGGCUGAGAGUUCCAGGCUCAGCAGGUAGGGAAACUCAGGCAAAAUUCUCUUCCCCAAAACUAGGGAAAUGGAAGCUGCUAUGUCUCAGAACCUGUGUGGGGACCAGGGCUGAUCAUGGCAUUCUGGAUGGGGGAGUAAAAAACAAUUUCAGCCAUGUUCAUAAUUUUUUUAGUAUCUUGUUUUUUUAAUAUGCCUACACAUAAAAUCUGAUAUUACUUUUUGCAUUAAUGUUACAUAAUCACUUUCCAUACUGCUACAUAGUCUUUAUACCAUCACUCAUAACAUCGACUACUGUUGAAUAGUUCUAUUAUGGUCCAAUUUGGGGGUAUUUAAGUCUAUCUCUAUUUAGCCAAUAUAAUUGUUUCAAAAAAUGUUGAAAAGGCAAUGGGCUCCCUCAAUCCUCUUCUUCUCCACCACACUCUGUAUUUUUUGGUUAUUAGAAACAGAUUCCCAGGAGUUAGAUAACUGGGAAUCUUAGAAUUUUUUGUAAAAAUCUUGUUUUGUUGCCAAAUUGCUUCCCCAAAGGGUUGUUCUAAACUGUAAUUUCCCUAGUAAUGUAGGAGAGAACCAUUUUCAUGCUAUUUUUGCCAGAAUUAGAUUAAAAAAAAACAUUUUUUUAAAUGAUACCUGAUAAGGUGAAAAUAAUACCUAGGUAUAUUUUAAUUUGCCUUUUUCCCCUAUUUGUAGUGAGCUUAAACACUUUCAUUUCCUAUAUCUAUUUCCUCUUUUGUUACUCAGUUCCUUUACUCAUUUAUCUACUGUAUUUUAUUUUAUUUUUAUUUUUUAUAUAUAUGUUUUAGUUGUAAGUGUACACAAUACCUUUAUUUUAUUUAUAUGUGGUGCUGAGGAUCAAACCCAAGGCCUCACUCAUACUAAGCAAGUACACUACUACUGAGCCACAACCCCAGCCCCUAUUUACUAUAUUUUAAAUAUGAUCAUUUGCCAUAUUUCAACAACUAUUUUUUCACUUUUAAAAUUCCUCUUCAUGCAAAAUUAUAAUCUUCAUAUAGAUACAGUCGUUGACAUGUUGUGGUUUUUAAAAAAUUGCUUCCAAGCUAAUACAUAUUCUCUUUUCAGAUAUUAAAUAUUCAGUGGUCAGGCAUUGUGGUGCAUGCUUGUAAUCCUAGCUACUCAGGAGGUUGAGGCUGGAGGAUUGCAAAUUCCAAGCCAGCCUGGGCAACUUAGAGUGACCCUGUCUCAAAACAAAACCAUAAUAAUAAAAAAAAAGUAUUGAGGAUAUAGCUCAGUGAUAAAGUGUAUCUAGAUUCAACUCCAGCAUAUUUUCAAAUUGAAAGUUAGGCAACUGCUUAUUUUCAAAUUACUUAUCUGUUACUUUAACAGUAUUUACUAAAUUCUUUCACUCUGUCAAAUUAUUAUGUCUCUUACAUCACCUAUUAAAGUUAUAUUAUGCCACAUUAUCUGUUAUAUCUCAGUAAGUUUCCCUUUAAUUACAAGUCAAACCAGCCUAGUAGGUCUUAUUGGUUGGUAGAGCUAGUUCCUCUUAAUUCUGUUUUAGAAUUUUCUUUGAUAUUCCUCCUCAACAUUUGAAGCAUUUUGUUAAGUUUCAGUGGAAUUACCUUCUGGAUUUUUACUUAUUAAAAAUCUCUGACUACAAAAGCAAUAUAUAUUUAUUAGAAAAAAACCUAUAAUCCGACCACCCAAAGAUGUUUUAAAAUCACUUAUGUAAUACUCAAUUAUGUGCCAUACACUCUUUCAAAUACUAACCAAUAUUAAUUCCUUUUGUGUUUAUAACAACUGUCUGGGGUGAGUAGAAUAAUUUCCCAUUUUUCCAGGUAAGGAAACUGAUAUUAUGCCUGUUCUACAAAUGAAGACACUUACCCAAGGUGCCAGAGCUGGAAUUUGAAUCAGGACAGUAUGAUUUUAGGUCCUGUGCUGAACAACAAACCCUGCCGAUGCAGCCAUUCCACCAGAUACAAUUAUUAUUCAUAUUUUAGUGUAUUUACUUUGUCUUGUUCAAAGUGAAUUGUCCCUGUACGUACGGUGUAAUCUUUUCACUUAACAGAUCAUGAACAUUUCCCUGUAUCAUAAAUCAUUCAUAAUAACCAUUUAGAAUUUCUCAUACGCGUGUAGAACAAUGCACUUAACCAAUUUCUCAUUUUGGAAUAGCUUGCUUCCAUUUUCUUCUGUAAUUAUACUGCUGACAUGUACCUUCUCUUUUCCUACACCCACAUUUUAUUAUGAAUUCUAGAGUUGGAAUCUAAUGUUAUAUAUAUGACAUAGUUUAAAGUCUUUUGAUUCACAUCGCCAAAUGGUCCCCAGUUUGCAGCAGAAUAUGCGGUCAUCCGCAGUGUAAGGACAUGCUCCAUCUCAUCCAUAUUAGGUCAUUAGAAGACAAAACAAGAACAUUAUCAACUUGGGAUCUACGGUACCUUUUAAAUAGAAUUGCAUUAAAGAGCCCGUAAUUCCACCAUUCACCAUCUACCGUGGAGACGCAGCCUAUUUGCACGAUCAGACAUCUAUAUAAAUCACUGCAGCACUGUCUGUAAUAUUGAAAAAUAAAAAUGAACCGAAUGUUCCCUAACCGAAGAAUGGCUAAACUCUUGAGGCUUCCCCACUCCGGGAGCGCUCUGCGAGCCACAGGGGCAGGUCAGGAGUGUGUUUGGUGCGGACGGUGGGAAAAGCAAGGCUCACAGCCUCUUUCUUCUCCAUGGCAGGAGCAGCUGCUUCAGGAUCAGCUUUUCCGACGUGCUCGGAUUUGCGCCAGGUCGGGAUUCUGGAGCCAGCGGUCGGUCUGUGCUGGGGUGCACAGAUCGGGAAUUAAGUUCGGGUCAGGCUCUGACUGGCCAACCGAUGCUGGCGGGGACGACAACGGUCCUUGAUGUCCACGCUUGCCCUCCCCAAAGAGGCCGGACCCUUCGAUGGCCGGGCUUUUGAGUACCUAGUCUGAGUUUCCGGGAGCGGCCCUUAGCAAGGCACCAUCCGGAAGUGUCCGUGUUGUGGCGGAAGGAGGCGCUUUCUGGGAGCAGCAGGUUCUGAAGGAAGCGUGCCUGGCAAAGAUGAUUCAGGCGAUUCUGGUUUUCAACAACCAUGGGAAGCCGCGGCUGGUCCGCUUCUACCAGCGUUUCUAAUAUUAUGAAACAUGUAGAAGUGGAAAUGAAAUGUGAGUUAUCAA